AAGUUCACUUGUUCAGACUUCUCACUUGAACGUGAAAAUGAAAACGAUGGCCAUUGGGAAAUCUUGAGGAUGUGUACACUUUUUCUUGGUAAUUGCCUGAGUCAAUUGAAACCCACGAAAGUUGUUUGCUUAGAAAUUCGCGGGUCAUAGAAAGAUUUGCUUCAAGUUCACAGUAUCUAUUAUGGAGAUGACUGAAAAUUCAGAUUGGUCCAACUGUCUCCAUUUUGAAAUCUGUUAAGAUACUUCCUCAGAAGUAUCUCUAUUACAUUCUUUCAGAGGGGGUCAUCCCUUACGAACCCAGUAUUUUAUUACUACAAGAACUAUUAAGUCUUCAGAACUGUCCCCAUUACAACACGCUCGACCAACGUGGUCAUCCCAAGAGUGUGUCAUCUAAGCUCCCCUGACCCAAAUUUCGCCACCUCCAAAACAAAGGAUUCCAAAGGCGUUGUCAAGCAAACGGAAGAGUCGUUUGUUUAAAAAAUUAUCGAAGAAAGUUUCCGUCCCGAAGGAGGUGGACGAUGACGGCGUGCGUUGGCCGUUUGUCGUCACACAUCGGUUCGAGUGGGGAUAUUGGGGAGGGUCUCCACACCUAUAAAGAUAGAAGCUACGGAGGGUCAGGUCACACUUACCUCCGAAAAUUUUCCGAAGGACGUAGUUUACGUGUGAGUGCGACUAAGAUGAACAAGUUGGUGAUUCUGGGACUUAUCGCGUCUGCGAUGGCUGUGCCCAUGCCGGACACCGAUGGACAAAUGGACAGGAAUCUCGAUUGCAUGGAGCAAGAGAACGCCUUGUUCAGCUGCAUGUUCGUGAAGACCAUCAGCACGUUGGAUAGAGCUGCCAGGUCCAGCGAUAUCGACAUCGUUGAUGGUGUGAAGUUUGUACGGGAGACACCGAUGGAACGCACCGGAAAAGAUUUGAAGACAGAAGUGGACCUAAUGAACGAACUACCUAGAGACACAUCAGAACGUGCCAUCAAGCUGGUCGGAAUGUUAUUCGAGUCAGCAAUGUCCUUCUUGAAGAGUCAUAGUCUGAAGUUGAGCAUGCCCGAAGAGGGAUCAAUUUCUCGUGCUCUCGACGAAGGUCGUGCCAAGAUCAAGAAAAUGGCGCUACCCCUAAUCGCAGCAGCCGCAGUAAAACUAUUCGCCCUAGUACCAAUCAUCCUCGGAAGCCUAAGUCUUCUAGUACUGAAAGCCCUGUUCGUCGGGAAGAUAGCCCUUCUCGUAGCCGGUGUCCUGGCUUUCCAGAGGUUGUUCGGCAACGGCAGCAGUUCCGGAGUCGGCAACUUCUUCAGCAAAAAUAAUCAACCAACGUGGUUGGACAACUCCAAUCAAGGCUGGUCAGCCGGUGUCGCCAACUCCGUUCAACCUCAGGGCUACUACAAGAGGAGUUUCGACGAUCAGAACGCGAAAGCCGAUGCUCAUACGUUGGCGUACGCUGCUCAAGCACCUAUCGCUUCCAAUGUAGCCAAUUGAGCCACUUUGUUGUAAUGGACAUCUUGGUAUCGUGGUGAUUUCGACUGUUGAAUUUGUAUUUAUUUAUCGACUUAAAUUA